GAUGGCGGCUGUGUGCCGGCGCGGCUGGGCGGCGGCAGCGCUGCUGCGGCGCGGGCCGCUGGCGGGCCUGGCGCCGGGGCCUCGCCGGCACCGCCACAAGGAGAAGUGGGCUGCCACGGCCCCCCGCAUCCCCCCGACACGCCUGGCCCUGCACGACUUCGAUGUGAACUACAGCCUGCAGCUGAAGGACUUGUGGCCCUCUGUCCGCAUUGGCCUCCUGUGCGAACAGAAGUAUGGUGCCCUCAUCAACAACUUCUCUUCUGCUGACUCUGUCACCCAAGAGCUGGAGCAGCUGAAUGCCACCGAUUUUGUUUCUGAAGCCCUCCGAAAGGUGCAGGUUACAUCUGUGGAGGAAGUGGAGAGAAAGGAAAGCAGGUCCCUGGAGGGGUCUGGCGAAGGCAGGACAGUGAUGCAGGCAGAGAUGAUGACGCAGGCAGAGAUGAUGACGCAGGCAGAGGUGUCACCACAGCUUCGUGCCUCCAUGUGCACCCAUAUCAAGUGUUACACCUUCCCCAGGGGUGACAUCACGCGUUUUCGCCCUGCACGGCCGGACACUCUGGGACUCCUUAACUAUUAUCUCCUGGACGCAGCAUCUCUCCUGCCUGUCCUGGCGCUCAAUGUGCAGCAGAAUGACUGUGUCCUUGACCUCUGUGCUGCUCCGGGUGGCAAGACUCUGGCUCUGCUGCAGACUGGUGUUUGUGGGCACCUGGCAGCCAAUGAUGUUUCUGUUUCCCGGACCAAGAGGCUGUGUCAGGUUCUCCGUAGCUAUGUUCCCAAAGAAGUCAGGGAAACAGUGAGUGUCACAUCUUACGAUGGAAGGGACUGGAAGGACCUGGAAGGUGGCAUUUUUCAUAAGGUGCUGGUGGAUGUACCCUGUACGACAGACAGGCACUCUGUCAUGGAGAAUGAGAACAACAUCUUCCACAAGAUGCGAACCAAGGAGCGUCAGAUGUUGCCCAUGCUGCAGCUGCAGCUGCUCAUGGCUGGGAUCCUCGCUACCAAGCCAGGAGGAAAGGUGGUGUAUUCUACCUGCUCCCUGUCCUCGCUGCAGAACGAGUAUGUGGUCGAGAGAGCAGUAGAAAUUGCAGAGACUGAGUUUAACAUCAGUGUCCAGGUGGAGAACUUGAGCCACUUCCGGACACUCUUCCAAGACACGUUUGCCUUCUUCUCGGGUUGCCGGCUGGGGGAGCUCGUCCUGCCUCACCUCACAGCCAACUUCGGACCUAUCUACUUCUGCAAAUUGCGUCGCCUGUAGAAAGAGCAACAGACUCUGGCUGCUGGCUGUCAGCAAAGAUCUCACAGGGAAAGCAAAACUGCUGCUUUGUAUUUAUUCUUUUUAAAAAAUGUCUCGGAUGAAGUCUGCUUUCCCACUGCAGACAGAGACAAUAAAUGAGAAAGAUCUGUGGA